AUGUCUUCUUCGCAGCCUUUCCAGGCUUCUUCUCCACUGUCUGCGGGCGAACCGCGCAGGAAGAAGUCGAAGUUCACGUAUCGGCAAUUGUCACAACUCGCAGUAUCGGCUACCACUUGCCCUUUGAGAGUCAUUGCGCAUGUGGACUUAGAUGCAUUCUACGCGCAAUGUGAGAUGGUGAGAUUGGGCGUCAAGGAAUAUCAGCCGCUUGCUGUGCAACAGUGGCAAGGCCUCAUAGCUAUCAAUUAUCCUGCUCGUGCUUUCAAGCUCGCUCGUCACGUAUCUCCCACGGAAGCCAAAAAGCUCUGCCCGGAUAUUAUCCUCCAACAUGUGGCGACUUGGAGAGAAGGAGACGAGAAAUGGGCCUACCAUGACGAUGCCGCCAGCAAUAUUGCUACGCACAAAGUCUCGCUGGACCCAUAUCGAUUGGAGUCUCGCAAGAUCCUCAAAUGUAUCAAGGACACAUUGCCGGAAAGCCUACAAAAGGUCGAGAAGGCCAGUAUAGAUGAAGUGUUCAUGGACCUAUCAGCACAGAUUCACACGGAGCUGCUGGAGAGAUAUGAGGAGCUCCGAGGCCCUGCUCCUUACGACGACCCUCUGGAGUUUUUGCCUCUGCCGCCAACGACUGUGCUCGACUGGCAAGCCGACGCUCUGGUUGACUUGGAUGUCAACGAGACCGAGGAAGACGACCCUGACUGGGAUGAUGUAGCCAUGCUGAUAGGCUCUGAAAUCGUCCGGAAAGUUCGCGCUGCGGUCCGAAACAAUCUGAAGUAUACUUGUUCUGCUGGGGUCGCGCAGAAUAAGAUGUUGGCGAAGUUGGGCUCGGCUCAUAGAAAGCCCAAUCAGCAGACCGUUAUUCGAAAUCGCGCUAUUCAGCAGUUUUUGUCCGACUUUAAGUUUACCAAAAUUCGUGGUCUGGGUGGUAAAUUAGGAGACAGUAUGACAGAGGUAUUCAAUACAGACACAUUGCGAGAUCUCCUACCUGUUCCAAUAGAACAGCUGAAGCAAAAACUUGGCGACGACACAGGCACAUGGGUUCAUGAAAUUAUUCGCGGCAAAGACUCUAGCGAAGUCAACUCUCGAACCCAAAUCAAGUCUAUGCUCUCCGCAAAAUCCUUUCGGCCAAGUAUAAACACACCAGAACAAGCUAACAGGUGGCUGCGGAUUUUCGCUGCUGACAUAUACUCGAGGCUGGUGGAAGAGGGCGUCCUGGAGAAUAAGCGUAGGCCAAAAACUAUCAAUUUACAUCAUCGUCAAGGUGGCCAGACCAAAAGCCGACAGGGUCCCAUUCCUUCUGGAAAGAAGAUAGAUGAAGUCGCCAUAUUCGAGCUUGCCAAAAAUAUGUUAGGUCAAAUCAUAUUGGAAGGCAGAGUCUGGCCCUGUGCAAAUCUGAGUCUCAGCGUCGGUGGUUUCGAAGAUGGCAUAUCAGGAAACAUGGGCAUUGGAGCAUUUUUGGUGAAAGGUGAUGAAGCUAAAGCGUUGCAAGCAGAUGUGAGAGAAUCGAGUGUGGGUGACAGUGGAUCGGAAAGGCCUGACAAAAGGCGGCGCACCGAUACAUCGUCGGGUAUCAAAAGAUUCUUCGCCAAAACGGAUAGCACUGGCGAACAUGAUGAUGAUUUCGGCUCCCAUAACGUGGCUGGCCUCAUCCCUUCGGCCGAUGCAGAGGAGGCAGACCAGAGGGCAGCAACCUCGCUGCCUGCUCAUCAGGAGGCAACCAAAGCGUAUGACAAAAGUCCCUUUUCCACCAGCACAUCGGCCCUUCACCAACAACAUGUCACAGAUUACCUGUGUAAUCGUUGUGAAGAGGCAUUUGUCACUGCCGAUGAUCUACAAAAUCACCAGGACUGGCAUUUUGCAAAAGAUCUCCACGAUGAAGAUCGAGGACGGCCUGGUCAGCCCUCGAAGCUCUCGACGGCAGCGGCCAGUAAGAAGCAAUCAGGGAAUGUGAGUAAAAAGAAGGCGGGUCGUGGGAGACCAGAGAAAGGGCAAAGCAAGUUGGCUUUCGGAUGA